AUGGAAUUGGCUCGACGACGAAAAGAAACAACGGGUGAACAUGCUGCCAAACAUUCUCAAUCCGAAAAACCAAAAACAACAACAACAACAACAACAACAACAACAACAACAACAGUUGAUGUAGGUAACAAACAAGCUCGGUUGAUUGUGCGCAACUUGCCUUGGAAGUAUAAAGAACAGGAUCUGAAGAAACUCUUUGGAGAACAUGGUCAAGUUGUUGAUGUGAAACUACCAAGAAAAUUCGAAAAUGGUCCUUUACGUGGUUUUGCCUUUAUUCAAUUUGAUACUGUAUCUGAAGCUGAAGCUGUAAGUACUUCUUUGAUAUCAAAAAAAAAGGGUUCUUUGAAUGCAACGGAACAUCAUGGACGAACUAUUGCUGUUGAUUGGGCUCUUUCCAAAGAUCGAUUCCAAAACAGUGAUGACAGUGACGAUAGUAGCAGCGAUGAUAGUAGUGAUGAUGAUGAAAACGAGAAUGAUGAUUCUGAUAGUAGCGAAGAUGAAGAAAUCGAUCAAGACGAAGAAAACCAGGACAGUGAUGACGACGAGGAUGAUGAUGAUGAUGAAGAAGAACAAGAAGUGGAAUCUGAUGACGAUGACGAUGAAAUGGAAGAUAACGAAACUGCAAAAUCCAAUUCUCAACAUAGAUUCCCCGAAGUAUCAGCUGGAACCACCCUUUUUGUACGAAAUUUAUUAUUUGAAACCACUGAAAAUGAUUUGAAGGAUCUAUUCAAACAAUGGGGUCCAGUGAUCUACGCUCGUAUUACUCGUGAUAAAGAAUCAGGAUUGUCUCGAGGAACAGGAUUUGUGUGUAUGAAGAAUAAGGUAGAUGCGGAUCAAUGUUUAGAAGAAGCCGAUGCAUUACGCAAGAUGUCAAGAAAGGAUAACGCUGAUGAUCAAGAUGCUCUCAACUCAUUGAUGUCUAAACGUGAAAAAAAGAAAAGCAACAUGGUACAUUCUAGUAUUCUUACUCCUGAUGCUGGAUCUGGUGAAGGUCUCAAGUUUACUCUUCAUGGUCGUGUAUUAGAUGUGACCCGUGCUUUGGAUCGACAAUCAGCUCAAAAGAUGAAGGAUGAUAAGGAUUCACUCAAGAAAAAGGAUGAUGUACGAAAUUUAUACCUGAUGCGUGAAGGUGUGAUCUUCCCCAACACUCCAGCAGCCGAAACGAUUACACCUGCAGAAUUACAGAAACGACAAAUGUCCUUCUCUCAACGGAAAAAAUUCGUCAGUAGUGAUCCAUCUUUAUUUAUCUCCAAGACACGUCUUUCUAUUCGAAAUUUACCCAUCAAGGUGGAUGCAACCGAACUUCGAAAAUUAGGUAUGGAAAGUAUUCAAAAAUUCAAGGAACAGGUGAAACGUGGUAUUAGGACUGAUUUGACCAAGGCGGAAAAGGAAGAAGGAUGGCAAUACAAACCUCGUGUCAAGCAAGCCAAGAUUGUACGAAGCAAGGAUCGAAUAGAUGCUGCUACCCAAAUCGGUCGUAGUAAAGGUUAUGGGUUCUUGGAAUUCCUCACACAUUCUCAUGCUUUGGCUUCUUUACGAUACCUUAACAACAAUCCUGAUAUAUUUGAUGGUAAACGAUUGACUGUGGAAUUCUCAUUAGAAAAUUCAAAGGUGGUGGAGCGAAGAUCACAACGUGGUCCUGAUGGUAAAAUGACAGCUGAACAACGAAAUCAACGUGACAACAAGAAGAAAGGUUCUACACAACAACAACAAAAACGUCGUAGUGAUUCUAAUCGUGGUGGCAAACGUCAAUCUGAUAAUACAUUAAACAAACGACCUUCCAAGAAAUUUAGAAAAUAGAUUUAGUUUACGCAUUUUUUUUUUAUUUUUAUAUCAUCUACAUCAAUCACUCAUAUCAUUUUCUCAUUUUUGUAUAAUAAAAAGUUUAUUUUUUUUUU